CUGUUAUCAAUAUUUACUAAAGAGAACACGGUUUACAUGAUGUUGUGUAUCGCCCGACCAGUAUUUAUAAUAAAAACAUUGUAAUUCGUCGUUAGCUGUUGCUGCUGUCGAUGCUUUCAGUUUCACAGCGUUCUACUGUUCUAGACUCGUUUCGAUUAAACUAUAGUCGCCAAGACCUAACCGAAAUCCGAUAUGGUUCGCAGCGGAAGCGAUAGAAACCACCGAAAACGAUCCAGAAGUCGAACGCGAAGUCCACGACGGCAUCGUCGAAGCCGGUCGCGGUCGCCUCGUCAUAAAUCCCACAAAUCCACACGAGAUAGAAAAAAGUCACGUUCGCCUCAUCGUUCACGUUCUCCUCGUAGCAAGAGAAAGACUCCGGACCGUAGGCCAGAAGAAGUUCUUUUUGACCCGACCAAUCCGGAUAAGGAGACCGAACAGAAAAAACUCGAAAUAGAAAUGCAAAAGCGUCGUGAACGCAUUGAACGUUGGAGGGCAGAGCGUAAGAAAAAUGAAUUGGACAGUGUCAAAACAGAUGUUAGAACUACUAUUAUGUCCAAUUUACAAAUUCCAUCUAAAAAGUGGAAUCUCGAAGACGACAGCGACGAAGAUGAUGAAAAUGGCGCCGACAAAGCUGUCGAAGUGGAAGAGAUCGAUCCUCUCGAUGCUUUCAUGCAGGGUGUUCAAGAAGAAGUACGUAAAGUCAACAAACUAGAUGGUCAUCGAAGUCAUUUGCCCGAUAAAAGUACGUUGAACGAAUCUGGUCAAAGUCCGGGAGUUGACACGACCAGCUCUGGUGUUGUAAUCGUUUCUGGAGUGGCCAAGCGAAAAGAUAACAACACAAGAGGAGAACUUAUAGAGCAGAAUCAAGAUGCACUCGAGUACUCGUCAGAAGAAGAACAAGAAGAUUUGAACGUGGCCGCCGCUAGUUUAGCGAACAAGCAAAAGAAAGAACUACCGAAAAUCGAUCAUGCCGGCAUAGCAUAUUUGCCGUUUAGGAAAAACUUUUAUGUCGAAGUACCUGAGAUUACUCGUAUGACUCCUGAAGAGGUUGAGAAAUACAAAGAGGAAUUGGAAGGUAUUCGUGUAAAAGGUAAAGGAUGUCCUCGGCCGAUUAGGGUUUGGGCCCACUGUGGCGUGACCAAGAAAAUCAUGGACAAUCUCAAAAAACAUAACUACGAAAAACCCACUCCCAUACAAGCACAAGCCAUACCCGCUAUUAUGUCGGGCCGUGACCUCAUUGGCAUCGCCAAAACCGGCAGCGGCAAGACGCUUGCAUUUCUGUUGCCCAUGUUCAGACACAUAUUGGAUCAACCGCCUCUUGAAGACACGGACGGACCCAUCGCUAUCGUCAUGGCACCUACACGUGAACUCUGUAUGCAGACCAGUAGAGAAGCGAGAAAAUUCACAAAGAGCUUAGGCUUGCGUGUCGUAUCCGUGUACGGAGGUACUGGAAUAUCGGAACAGAUUGCCGAAUUGAAACGAGGUGCCGAAAUAAUAGUGUGUACACCGGGUAGAAUGAUCGAUAUGCUGGCAGCAAACAACGGUAGAGUGACAAAUUUAAGACGUGUUACCUAUAUCGUACUGGACGAAGCCGAUCGUAUGUUUGAUAUGGGCUUUGAGCCUCAAGUCAUGCGAGUGAUUGACAACGUACGUCCAGAUCGACAAACCGUAAUGUUUAGCGCUACUUUUCCACGUCAAAUGGAAGCAUUAGCAAGACGUAUACUGCAAAAACCUAUUGAAGUCCAAAUUGGUGGUCGAAGUGUUGUCGCUAAGGAAGUCGAACAACACGUCGUCAUUGUCGAAGAAGAGCAAAAGUUUAUGAAGUUGCUCGAAGUGUUGGGAUUGUACUACGACAAAGGAAGUUGUAUUGUGUUUGUGGAUACGCAUGAGAACGCCGAUGCACUUUUACAAAAACUAAUGAAAGCGUCGUAUCCUUGUAUGACUUUGCACGGCGCUAUCGAUCAGUACGAUCGAGACAGCACGAUUGUGGACUUCAAGAGCGGUCAAGUCAAGUUGUUGGUGGCCACUUCUGUGGCGGCCAGAGGAUUAGACGUCAAAGAUUUGAUUUUGGUAGUUAAUUACGAUUGCCCUAAUCAUUACGAAGAUUAUGUUCAUCGGUGCGGAAGGACGGGAAGAGCGGGAAAUAAGGGAUUUGCGUACACUCUAGUUUCGCCCGACCAAGAAAAAUAUGCCGGCGAUUUGAUCAGAGCCUUAGAAACGUCUACCGUACAAGUGCCGGAAGCUUUACGUACCAUGUGGUUACGCUAUCAAGCGAAACAAGCAGCCGAAGGAAAGCAAGUUCAUAAGGGAGGCGGUUUCAGUGGAAAAGGAUUUAAAUUUGACGAAACCGAAGCGGUGAUGGCCAACGAAAAGAAAAAGCUACAGAAGGCUGCGCUCGGCCUACAAGAUUCCGACGAUGAGGACAUCGAAGGCGAUAUAGACCAACAGAUUGAAACCAUGUUGGCUCCUAAGCGAAUCGUCAAGGAAAUCAAAGCUAGCGCUUUGGGACUGCCCAAUCUGACUGGCUCGAUGGAAUCUAACGGAACGCCGCAAUCGUCCGAGCGGUUGGAAUUGGCUAAACGUUUGGCUUCACGCAUUAACAUAGCCAAAAAUCUUGGACCCGACGCCAAAGGUGCGUCGCAGCAAACCGCAGAAGCCAUACUCAAGGGAGGUCUUUCCAGUUCACACCCGGUGAUCACCGCCAAGACUGUGGCCGAACAGCUGGCGGCCAAACUGAAUACGCGACUAAACUAUCAGCCCAAAGAAGAAGACGUCGAUAGUGACAGCAACGACGGCGCCGAAACCGGAACCGAAGAAACGUUUAGAAAGUACGAAGAAGAAUUGGAAAUCAACGAUUUCCCGCAACAGGCCAGAUGGAGGGUUACGUCAAAGGAGGCGUUAGCUCAAAUAUCGGAAUACUCCGAAGCCGGUAUCACCGUGAGAGGCACUUACUAUCCGCCGGCCAAGAAUCCACCCGAGGGAGAGCGUAAACUGUUCUUGGCCAUCGAGAGCACCGACGAGUUGGCCGUAUCAAAAGCGAAAAUCGAAAUAACUCGGCUGAUCAAAGAGGAAUUACUGAAAAUGCAAACGUCGGCACAUCAUAUGGUCAACAAGGCCAGAUACAAGGUCCUUUAGUUGUUGUUGUAUUCAUUAUGUUCUCCGCCUAGAGACGUUGCACGUGUAAUUGUGUGUUGAGUUUUAAAAAAAAAUUGCAACUGCAAUACUCUCUAAAAUAGAAAAAUCAUUCAUGUAAUCAAAUUGUACAUUUUUUUUUCUCCACAACGGUGUUUCGAUAACAUUUUGUUUCGAUAUUGUGCUGUGUAAACUGAAUGAUUAAUUUGUGUACACAAUAAAAAAAAUACAUAAACAAUUUCAGAUUUGUAUAAAUACCGCACUGUGAAAAACACCGAAAACAAUUGUUAUUAUAGAUUAUAUCGGCAAUAAAACUUGUGUGUGGCUCAGUCGGCUAUUGUACACCAAACAAUUAUUUAAAGUAAA